UAAAUAAACAUCUUCAUUUUCCUCCUCCUAUCAUACAUGAAUGUAACAAUGGAGAGAUUCUCUAUCCUUCCAUUUUCUAUGGGCUGCGUCUCCCACUCCAGCGUCGAUGUAGUAGACAAUCAACCGAAGAAAUCAUAUAGGGGAUCAAAUCCAUCACCUCCAAGUAAGGAGGUAGAGGAGAAGUUAAAGAGCUCAAUUGGGCUUGCUAAUAUCCCAAAGCCCAAUAUCAGUGAAAGGCUGCAGAAGCUAGUGAAGGGAUUCAAGACCCUACCUCAAAAGUUCCAAGCAUACAGAGAAGGCGAUGAGGUUGAAAUGGAAAUGGAGAUUGGAUUCCCUACUGAUGUUCAGCAUGUUGGCCACAUAGGAUGGGAUGGCUUGAACGAUGCAUCGCCCAUGCAGAGUUGGGACAAAGCGCCAGAGUUCAUGUCAGUGCCAUUCCCCUCUCUCUCCUUGAGGCAGUUCGAGGCCAAUAUCUGAAUCAUGAAGUUCACUGGGAUCUGCAGCAGUAGAAGUACCGGGUCUAUCUACAACUUGGUGAUAGUACAAGAGGAGUAUCCGCAAUUAACCCAUAGAAUUCCUAUAUUGUGACUAAUCGCUCAACAAGCUUUUAGAAUUGAUGCAUCGAUUGUACCUAUGGUAGAUUUGAAGGUUACAAGGCAAGAGGUGAAGAAUUUAACUCAUCAUGGACCAUAAAUGCCAGGAGAAAAAAGCAUCUUGAUGUAGGUCCAUGAAAGUUGAAGCGAGAAGAAUCCAAUUAUUAGUUUACUAGCAAGUACCAAGUUGUCCAUGAUAACAUCAUGUUUCAGUCUUCUUGCAAAGAAAGAAAAAACUUAUCAUAUUGAUAGCC